AUGGUUGGCAAGAAUCAUAAGGUCAUUGAAAUCAACUUCCCAAGCCAGGAAGAUUGCGAGGAGGCUCUGAACAAGGAACUCGUCUUACAAGGGAAGGUAAUCAAGGUGAACAAGGCUUUGGACAAAAAUGCCAACGUCCUCAGAGUAGGUGUCUCUGAGCUUCCUCACAAAACUGAAGAAGUUUUGAAGCCUUUGAUGGUGGAGACCUUCCAAAAAUAUGGGGACAUUCUCAAUCUUGGUCUUAGCUAUACCAAGGAUGGUAAUUGGUUUACUGGUCGCGGUUUUGUCACUCUAAAUAGGGACAAAUUAAAGAGUUAUGCAGCUGAACUUACCCCUCAGAUCCAGUUUGGGAAUUUCAAGGAGAAGCCACAUUUGGUUUGGAGUAACAUGAACCCAAUUUGUCAAGACUGUCACACUGAUGAUCAUAUCAAAGCUGAUUGUCCUCGAACAAAGAGGAAAGCAUGUUUCCGAUGCGGAAGCUUGGAACAUCUCAUCGCCGGGUGCCCAUUAGCCUCAUGGAAUAGAGUGAAGAAAACUAAUGAUCACAACAAACAAGGUCAACAUCGCCAGCAAGAGAAUGUUGCCCAACCUAAGCCUAUAGGUAGAAAGGUUGACCUUUUAGAUCUAAUGAAUGUGGACCCUCCUAAGUACCUCAACCACAAGAAGGGGAAAAGGAAGGCUACAUCCCUUUCGUCGAAAUCCCCAAGCGAUGAUGAGGCACUUUCCAAGGGGGAAGUAUCUUCAGCAGACGAGCCAGAGUCUGAUUCCGACGCUGAAAACGCCCAAGGACAUUCAACCAACUUGAACGACAGCAAGGAUAUGCAAAUGGAAGAAGUUUUUGAUAACAGGGGCCAGGAGGAGAUGAAUGAAUCUCAAGUUGGUGCAUCUCAGGAAGGUGACUCCCAUGAUGGUGAAUCUCAGGUUGCUGAAUUCAAGGGUCGGAAAUCUCAGGCCGGUAGCCUCUCACAAGAGGAUGCUCCCAAUGGACAUCUCGAGGAGGAGGACAAUAAUUCCUUUGGUGAUGAGGAGUAUGUCAAGUCUACCAGCGAGGAAGAUAGCGAUGGGGAAUCUCCUAAGGUUGUUCAGAACAAUGUAAGUAAAUAUAAUUUACGACACUCUGGGCACAAGAAGAGUGUAGAUGAACCUACUGAGGAACAUCCCAAGCGAUCUAUUGAUGAACUGGCUUCUACCCCUCUAGUAGAGGACAGCGAAGGUCCUAGAAAAAAGCAGAUUAAACAGCAAGAGACUAAUGCCAGAGAUGAAAUGGUCUUGGAUGGACCACCAACUACAAACACAUUAUAA